AUGUCAAUCGAGGAUGGCUUUGCGACGUUUGCAAAAAUGGGGUUGCAUGAUGAAAUUAGAAAAAUUGAGGAUCUGAUUAAAGCCAUACAUGAAACGGAUACCGGCAUCAGCUUUAAGCCUCAAAAAGUUUUCCUCACAUCUAUUCCUGCUGCCGUUUCCGGUGACAGCCUGAUAGCCUGGAUUAAGCUUUAUCUAAAAAUCGAUGAUCCACAGGAGGCGGCUCAUAUCGCUAAUAUCUUGUUGCUGUACGGAUACGUUUAUCCACUAACGGAUCAUGAAUCAUAUACGGUCAAAGAUGACCCGACUGCUCUCUACCGAUUUCAGGCGCCUUAUUAUUGGAUAUCGAAGGUUCCAAAGUUUGAUCAAAUGGACUAUGCAAUAUAUUUAGUCAGAUGCACAUUGCGUAAACGUCAAAGAUAUGGACUGGAAGACUAUGAACAGAGAGCUUUACAUCGUUUGCAAAUUGUCCUUGCCCGAAAGUGGGAUUUUAUUUGUAUGCAGGCAGCAGAUCAAGAGAGACUUCAUAGGGAUCGCCGCAAGAUUGAUCAAAUCGAGCGGGCAUUUUGGCGUGUUCACAGACCGCCACCAAGCAGACUUAGCUGCUUUGAAGAACGGCUUCCACGUAAUGAGCAUAUGAUCCGACGACCGUUGACGUGGAGACAAGCCUACGUCAGCAUUUCGUCAGAAAAGGAUAGGAAGUUUCAGCUGCGUUCAUUGGAGCCUCGCACUUUGCCAAAACCGCGAGCUCCACUAUCUCCCCGGCAGCCGCCACCGCAAGCCCUACCCCACUCCCACCUGUGUUUGAGCGCCAAGAAGUCCAUAGAAAACCUUCUCUAUUUUGCUGCCAAUCGAAGUUCCUAUGACUGGUUUUUGGGCGAAGUUGGUGGGGGUGGUGCUGGCAGUGGUUCUUGCUCCUUCCAUGCUGCAUCUCCGUGGCUGAGCCAGCCGAGUAACAUAGAGACCUCACCAUGUAUGCCGCUGAUUGGACUACCUACGUGUGAUUCACUCCUUACCUCUACACCUCUGGGUUCUUGUUUGAGCACUGACCCUCAGGCUGAACCCUGUACUGAGCCUCUUGAUGAUCCAUCCAUUCCAUUCCCUACUAUUAAUCAGGUACGACUGUGGGCGACCAGCUUUGACAAUCUCCUCUGGGAUCCUAGCGGUUGCCAGGCCUUCAAAGCCUUUCUGGAGAAGGAGUUCAGCUCGGAGAACCUGCGAUUCUGGCUCAGUGUGAACGCGUACCAAUUCACUCCCGUAUCAAACCUCAAAGUAGCCGGUCAGCGUAUUUACGAUGAAUUUCUUGGGCCUAAUGCACCCUCUGAAAUCAACAUUGACUGCAGCACCCGAGCUAACACUACCAAGGCCGUUAAGAAUCCGUCAUGGUACGUUUUUAUGGAUGCCCAACAGCAGAUAUAUAAGCUCAUGAAAUCGGAUUCUUACGCGCGAUUUCUGCGCUCCAACGACUACUCAGCGGUGCUGCGGAGAGUCCUCGCUGGCAACAGUCACCGCGGCCUCACAGAAUCUAUAAUUGCUGCCAGUUUAGCUAUUGUUGGUGCCUCAGUUCUUCAUCUCGACAGUCACGAUUUCUAUGGGGGCUAUAUGACGUCUUUCCGGUUCUCCGAUUUACUCAGAGAGUUUGACAAGUGGUCUGCUUCUCCCGCGACUAAUAGUGGUGGUGUAGCGCAAUCAGCUUCCACAGAACUCAAUCUUUCUACUCUAAACAAUCCUCUGAUUCGGAACUGCUUUUCGAGUUUCCUCAUUCCAGAUGUCGAAAAACUGGUGUCUCAAACAUCAGAUGAAACACAAGCUCUUCUUGCUGAAACACUCUCGUCAACUGAAGAUGUCGCCGAAAAUUCGAUGGUGCCAAAACCACCCCCUCAAGAGUCGGAACAGAUUCUGCCCUCACCGACAUCCUCAAAGGUGGCUCCACUUCCUGUGAACGCUCCAACUCCCAUUUGGACUAAAAGCACCCUGAUUGAAGGUCUUAGAAAAGCAGAUUUUGACGUCUUACCACGUCUAGUUUUUGCCGACAGUCCAAUGGUACAGGCACUGAUACGCUCCGAUGUCACCCGAUAUCUGGAGUUCCGUUCUGUCAAUCGACUUCUCUUCUUUAAUCCCGACGGAGCAGAUGAUCGAGGGACCACCACAAUUGCGGCUUCACCCACUGGAAGUACUGAAUCAUCGAGUCUUCGGUCGCAUUCUAAUCCUCCUCUUCUUGUCAAAGUGCCUGUAUCGCGUGGGGAGGUUUUCCAGACUCGAAUCCUCUCCCUUACCCAAAAACGCAUGUUGGUUAGCUUUCUGGAGUGGUGUGCAGUUGUUACUGCCCCUAAUUUAGCACAAUCCACGGGAAACGGAGCGACUUCUGCAGUUCGGAACCUCAACUUCUCUCUCAAUCCUGAUGAUGCAGGUGCCUACCUCGAUCGUCCACUAGUGGAGUACCUUCAAAGCAAGCGCAACUUGGAUGCCUUCAUUUCUCGCGUUGUGGUGAAUUGCCUUGCCCUCGCCGACAGCGCAAUCACCCUACGAAACGCUCUUCCCCGGUUUGGGCGUCUCAUUGCCUCAAUGAAUCGUGUAGGUCCCUUCCCUCUGCUCUGGCCCCUCUUCGGCUGUGGGGAGUUGCCUCAGUCUUUCUGCAGAACUGUAACUGCGGUUAGACGCAAUUUGAACAACCAUGCUCGGCGCUACCAUCUCAGUCUUUCCACCGGUGAGGAGGUGUCCACUUCCUGCCUUCUUAUUGGUGCAGAGCAGGCGCCGAGUGAUUGGCUGACGCCACAGAUCAGCCGGUGGAUUGCACGGUCGAUUUUAGUGACGGAAGGCUCGCUUUUUCCAUCUGGCCAUGAGCCUCAUGAUAUUACACUGAUGCCGCUACCACUCCCAACACUAAACUCCACUGAACCAGCUUUCCUUCUAGAAAUCCCGGUUGAAAAAUCAGGCGGCAAGGUGGAGUUAUACAUAGUCCAUCUCACUGCCUUCUCCGACAGUUGUGUCGACGCGGCCGAGAUUUUUGCGUCUUCGAUCAGUCUCCUCUACUCCACUGAUACAGAAACACCUGGAAAACCCCGCAUCCUGUGGAACUGCUUCUUCACCUUGCCUGAUCUUUCCAACGUAGCCUGUCGAACCCUCGGAUAUGACUACGGACUCGGUGAGGAGGGGGUUUUCGUAGUUCCUGGUCUCGAUGCCUCCAUGUUCAUGGACAAAGCUGCGUCAACCAUAUUCUACGACGUCUUCUCGUUGGUGCGGCGCAGAGCAACACCGGCUGAAGGCGUUUCACAGGACGGUGAAAUCGCAACCGCUGUUUCUGCGUCCGUAGUGUCACUGGAGCAACAUUGGGACGGUGCCUUUCCUCCCCAACCACCUCGACCCGAGGAACUUGUUUUUGUCGAGGAGCAGACGCCGGCUGCUGCCAUCGCUACUGACUCGCCCUCCACUACUAUUACUGCCGCCACCUCGGAUACACCGACACCCACUUCCGCUCACCCAAACGUCGCGCCUAGUGGCCAUGGUGAUUGGAGCGUUGAUACGAUAGACAACACUACCACUAAGAUGCAGUGGAGGUUUUUAUCUCUCUACUCGGCACUCUUGCUUCUCAUCGCAUCACCUCUGUUGAGGCCGUCCGCGGUGGCUUUGGCGACAACGGUGGAUCUGGAUCUCCAUGCGCAACUUCUCUCCGAGGAACUAGCUUGUGAUUUCGAUAACAUUACCUACUGCGGUCUGCACAACAAUGGUGGUUGGAGUUUUAAACAGAGCCUUCUGGAGCUUGUGCAACAACUCACUAAUGCUAAAGAGGCCACGCGUUCGAAGCAAAUGUCUUUAAACCACGCUCGGUUUCGUACUAAGUAUGCUAAAUAUUACCGCAGCGUCAUGCAUUUAUGCGCUCUCACUGGUGUCCUUAGUCCUCGCGGUGAUGAUGACGACGAUGAACUAUUCCAUAAACAAAACGGUUAA